CGCAUAAACUCGUUAAAUUGUACGAAUAAAUAGAUUUUAAAAGCUCGUUAUAUUUUUAUAAUAAUAUUGUUUUUCACCCAAACCGAAAAAGAGAGAGAAUCUGUGCAUGUUGCUCAGAAAAUCUUCAAAGUGUAAUCUGGGCUUACGUUAGCUCUCACGAACUCCCAAGGAUCUCCUAUAUAUGUUUUUCCAUUUCCCCAUAAAAUCUCUCAUCAUCUAAAACAUCUUUAUUAUCAUUUCUUCUUCUAUAUAUAUAUUCCUUUCCCCUUUAGUGUCCUGAGAGACGCAUAUCUUGAUUUCUUGAUUCUUGAUGACUCCUGAAAUGACGUCAAGCUUUCUUCUCAUGACAUUCGCGAUUUGUACACUGAUCAUAGCCGUUGGUCCCAGCGAGCUCCUCCGCAUCGGAGCCAUAGACGUCGACGGCCACUUCACCUUCAAGCCUUCCGACUUAGCCUCCGUCUCGUCGGACUUCGGUAUGCUAAAGUCGCCGGAGGAGCCAUUAGCCGUACUUCAUCCAUCCUCAGCUGAAGACGUGGCACGUCUCAUCAGAACAGCUUACGGCUCAGCCACGGCCUUUCCGGUCUCAGCCCGUGGCCACGGCCAUUCCAUAAACGGACAGGCUUCGACAGGGAGGAACGGUGUGGUGGUGGAGAUGAGCCACCGCAACAUAGGGACGCCGGAGCCACUAGUUGAACCCGAGGAAAUGUAUGUGGACGUUUGGGGUGGAGAGUUAUGGGUUGAUGUGUUGAAAAAAACGUUGGAGCAUGGCUUAGCACCAAAGUCAUGGACUGAUUACUUGUAUCUUUCCGUUGGUGGUACACUCUCUAAUGCAGGAAUUAGUGGUCAAGCUUUUCACCAUGGUCCUCAAAUUAGUAACGUCCUUGAGCUAGACGUUGUAACUGGGAGAGGAGAGGUGAUGAGAUGUUCAGAAGAAGAGAACACAAGGUUAUUCCAUGGAGUUCUUGGUGGGUUAGGUCAAUUUGGGAUCAUUACACGAGCACGAAUCUCUCUCGAACCUGCUCCCCAAAGGGUAAGAUGGAUAAGAGUGUUGUAUUCGAGCUUCGAAGUGUUUACAGAGGACCAAGAAUACUUAAUAUCUAUGCAUGGUCAAUCAAAGUUUGAUUACGUGGAAGGGUUUGUGAUCGUGGACGAAGGUCUCGUCAACAACUGGAGAUCAUCUUUCUUCUCUCCUCGUAACCCCGUUAAAAUUUCUUCCGUUAGCUCUAACGGCUCCGUUCUGUAUUGCCUUGAGAUCACCAAGAACUACCACGAGUCCGAGUCCGACACCGUCGAUCAGGAAGUAGAGAUUUUGAUGAAGAAAUUAAAUUUUAUACCGACAUCGGUAUUCACGACGGAUUUGCAAUAUGUGGAUUUCUUGGACCGGGUUCACAAGGCGGAGCUGAAGCUCCGGUCGAAGAAUUUAUGGGAGGUUCCACACCCAUGGCUCAACCUAUUCGUACCAAAAUCGAGAAUCUCUGAUUUUGACAAAGGCGUUUUCAAGGGCAUUUUAGGGAAUAAAACUAGUGGCCCUAUCCUUAUCUACCCAAUGAACAAAGACAAAUGGGACGAAAGAAGCUCGGCCGUUACACCGGACGAGGAAGUUUUCUACCUCGUGGCUUUACUGAGAUCAGCUUUAUCGGACGGUGAAGAAACGCAGAAGCUAGAGUAUUUGAAAGAUCAGAACCGUCGGAUCUUGGAGUUCUGUGAACAAGCCAAGAUCAAUGUGAAGCAGUACCUUCCUCACCAUGCAACGCAAGAGGAGUGGGUGGCUCAUUAUGGAGACAAAUGGGAUCAGUUUAGAAGCAUGAAGGCUGAGUUCGAUCCACGGCAUAUACUCGCUACCGGUCAGAAAAUCUUUCAGAACCCAUCUCUGGCUUUGUUUCGUCCAUCGUCGUCUUCGUCGUCAGCUUCAUGGUGACAGGACAAAAUCAGAGGGGGAAAGUAGUAGUUGAGAUUAUAUUCUUCCUGAUGUAUAUAUAUGACCUAAUAGAGAAGCAUCAGAGAGAGAUUAGGUUGGGGUAUUUUGUUAGCAACGUUUAAAAAUUAGAGUUAGGAAGAUUCAAGUUAGUAAUAUGUUACUGUUUAAAUUUUCUACAUCA